AACAAAUCUCCCAUCGCAUUCAUUCUUUCCUUCCUUCCUUCCUCCCGUAGAUAAGCGGUUUCGCUUGUCAUAUAAAACACAGCCCAACCCUCCCUCCCUCUGAUUACCCCUGGUAUAACCAGAGAGAGGACAACCCCAGGGAAGGGAAAAGCAGGAGAGGCAAUCGUCAUUUUGGGUGAUAAUAAUAACUCCCUUCUUUGUUCUCUCAUCAAUAAGCCGCGUUUCACCUCUAAUGAACCCAAAACCGUGUUGAUUUUUUCUCCCAAAGUCUUGAAACCUCUCUCCUUGAUCUCUACAUCCAUCCAUCCCUUUCUUUCUCUUCUGCUUCCAUUUAUCCCUUUCACCACAAUGCCAACCAUCUAAGUUUCUCUGUCAAAUAACUCCGCCGAUUAAUAACGCUCGGUCUUUUUCCGGUUUUGUUUUGGUUUCCCUUCACAAUAAUGCGUUCCAUUUUAUAUGCCGCCGCCGUUUUACUUGUUCAUUUCUUGCUCUCGGCACGGUUUUGUGUUGGGAUUCGGACCAUCAGCGGAGGAGAUGGGUUGGGGUUCGGCUUUUCCGAGGCACCGGAUUACCGUAACGGAGUGGAAUGUCCGGUUUCUGUCAAUACAGAAGUCGUUUCCUCCUGCGAUCCCUCUUUAGUCCAUGUAGCGAUGACUUUAGACUCCGAAUAUUUACGUGGCUCGAUCGCCGCCGUCCACUCCGUCCUCCGCCACGCGUCUUGUCCAGAAAACAUUUUCUUUCACUUCAUAGCCGCCGAGUUCGACCCGGCCAGUCCUAGAGUCUUGAGCAAACUCGUCCGAUCCACGUUCCCUUCACUCAACUUCAAAAUCUAUAUCUUCCGGGAAGACACCGUAAUCAACUUAAUCUCUUCUUCGAUACGGCAAGCCCUCGAGAACCCCCUCAACUACGCUCGAAACUAUCUCGGAGACAUCCUAGAUCUCUGCGUUGACCGAGUCAUUUAUCUCGACUCAGACCUGGUCGUCGUCGACGACAUUCUUAAACUCUGGAACACAACCCUGACAAACUCACGUGUUAUCGGCGCACCCGAAUAUUGCCAUGCCAACUUCACCAAGUAUUUCACGGACGGGUUUUGGUCCGACCCGGUUAUUUCUCGGGUCUUCCAAUCGAGAAAGCCGUGCUAUUUCAACACGGGAGUUAUGGUAAUGGAUUUGGUUCGUUGGAGAGAGGGGAAUUAUAGGAAAAGAAUUGAGAAUUGGAUGGAAAUACAGAGGAAACGAAGGAUUUACGAGUUGGGUUCAUUGCCGCCGUUUCUGCUUGUAUUUGCGGGGAAUGUGGAAGCGAUUGAUCAUAGAUGGAACCAACAUGGGCUUGGCGGGGACAAUGUUAGAGGUUCUUGUCGGUCGUUGCAUCCAGGGGCGGUAAGUUUGUUGCAUUGGAGUGGGAAAGGGAAGCCGUGGGUUAGACUCGAUGCCAGAAAGCCUUGUCCGCUUGAUCAUCUUUGGGAACCGUACGAUCUUUACAAGGGGAAUUUAGUCAAAGAUCAGUCUUCUUCUUAUUCUUCUUCUACUGGUUCUUCAAUAUUCUUGGGGUUUUCCAGUUAUUUGUUAUAAUUCUUUUUCUUUUUUGUUUUACAUUGUUACAAAACGAUGAUGAUUCUUUGAUAGAGUUGUGUACAGAUUGAUUUUUUUUUUGUUAUUUCUUGGGAUUUAUUUUUGUGAUUUACAUAUGGGAUUAUCAAUACCUUUCAUCAGAGGGGGUUCCAUACUUUGGAACAAUUUUGGUGGGUUGAUUUCUUUGUAUGUAAUUGAAGAACAUUAUUCAGAAAAAGGAAGAACAUUCGGUUGUUCAUUGUUUCUUUCUUUCA